UAUUAUUAAAAAGAUUUGAUGAUUUGAAUUUCCACAACAAAAAACAACAAAAAAAAAAAUAAAUUUGAAUCACACAAACAAUACGACAUACGAAAAAUAAUGGCAUUCAACAAUGGAACACAACAUAAACGUGUUACUAUUUAUAUAGAUACAAGACCACACAAUAAUAUUGAUCAAUUACAAAAAUGUCAUUCACAUCCAUAUGGCAAGGUUUUUGCCAUACCCAACGAUAUCGAUACAUUAAUAGCGGAUAUUAAUAAAAAAUUUCGAAAAAAUUUAAAAAAUGACACAAUAAAGUUUGUCGAAUCAUCAAAUGAUAAACAACAACAACAACAACAACAACAACAAUUACGUUUAUUUACUUGUACAAAUGGUGAAAUUGAUGAUAUAAAUCUAAUACGUGAUGAUGAAAUAUUAUUUGCUUGUUUUGUUAAUAAUGAUACCGGUGAUAUUAUGACUGCCAAAUGUUUAUGUAUGAUUCAUGAUGAAAAUAAUAGUAACGGCGACAACAACAACAACAACAACAACAAAAUAAUUGAUAAUAAACAACAACAAAAACAAUCUGAUAAUUAUUAUAAACAAUUACAAUUGCAAUCAUCAUUCCGUAAUAGUAGUUGUAGCAGUUGUGGUAAUGGAACAAAUAAUUCAUGUACAAAAAUGAUUAUGAAAACAAAAUUAAAUGAUGAAUGGAUUAAAUUAAAUAUUGGUGGUCGAAUAUUUACAACAACACGUUCAACAAUCAUUGCAAAAGAACCAGAAUCAAUGUUGGCAAAAAUGUUCGAUACAUUAUCAUCAUCAACAUUUGAUUUAAUCAGCAACAAUAAUAACCAACGAAAUGAAAUUAAUGUAAACGAUUGUUUGAAUGAAAAACAAUCGAUGGAUAAUAAUAAUGAUGAUAAAAACUGUGAUCAUAAUCUAAUGCCAAAAAUUGAUGAAAAUAAUGGUGAUGAUGAUUUACCGUGUAACAACAGCAAUUCCACAACAACAAUGACAAUGACAAGAUUAUUAAUCGAUAAUAAUAAUACCUGUAUUGUACCAUCAUUAAUCGAUGAACAAGGUGCCUAUAUGAUUGAUCGUAGUCCUGAAUAUUUUGAACCAUUAUUAGGCUAUCUACGACAUGGUAAUCUAAUCAUUGAUAAACAUUUAAAUCCAAUGGGUGUAUUGGAAGAGGCAAAAUUCUAUGGUUUCUAUUCACUAAUACCGGAAUUAGAGGCAACCGUAUUACAGGAAUCAUUAUUACAAAAUACAAUUGAACGUUCCAUUGGUUUGGCACCAUUAACACGUAAAGAUGUUGUUAAAGCAAUCAUACAAACAUCAACGGCAACACGUCUUCGAUUUCAAGGUGUCAAUUUAUCUGGUGCCGAUCUUUCACGGCUAGAUUUAAGUAAUAUAAAUUUUAAAUAUGCAAUAUUACGUGGUGCUAAUCUACAGGGUGCUACAUUAAGUAAUUGUUGUUUGGAACGUGCCGAUAUGUCUAAAUGUAAUUUGGAAGGUGCAUCAUUAAUCAAUUGUCAUAUGGUAUGCUGUAAUCUUGAAGGUUCAAUAUUACGUGGUUCAAAUAUGGAUUCACCAACAUUAACUGAAUUGACUAAUUUGGAAGGUGCAAAUCUUAAUAAUGUUAAUCUUGAAGGAUCAAAAAUGCAUCGUGUAAAUCUAAGGAUUGCAUCAUUGAAAAAUGCUAAUGCACAGAAUUGUAAUCUUGAUCAUUCAUGUUUAGCCGGUGCUAAUCUUGAAAACUGUGAUCUAUCCGGAUCCGAUUUGAAUGAAGUAAAUCUACGUGGAGCAAAUUUAAAAGGAACUAGAUUCGAUCUAAUACAUACACCAUUACAUAUGUUUUAUUUGACUAGUUGAAAAAAGUGUGUGUAAAGGAUGGAAAAACAUAUGGAAAUUUUCGCCAUCAAUUUUUAUAAGCGUUUUUUUUGGAUCCAUUGUUCAUCGUCAUCAUCACUAUCCACAACUAAUACAUUGCCAUUUAAGAAUUCAAACAUUGAUGAUACUCAUUCAAACAUAAAAACACAUGCACACACACACACAC